AUGUUGAAAAGUGUGCAAAGAAUAACGAUAGCGAACGGGUUGCCAUUGAAGUUCUUGCUAUCACGAUAUGGUAAACCAGCGUUAGAAUACCGAGGCUUUCGUUUUAACCAACGUCUUGGAAGUAGCGGUGGCAGAGCUAGAUGGGUGUGCGUCAGGGUGGCAGUCGGGUGUAAGGCUAGAAUUUACACAUUCGGUUAUAUUGAUUGCAAGUUUGAAAGAACUCGAUUCGGCAAUCCAGUAAUUGUGGUGGGAAAGUACCGCUAUAACAAGUGGAGUGGCAGUAAAGGUGCUCAAGUUCGGUGGACUUGUGUAAAGAAUCAGCAAGGAUGCAGAGCCACGAUCACCACUAUUGACAACGUCAUUAUCAGAACUAAAAACUAUCACACGCAUUUAUGA